CCAGCACACAUACGCGCAAUCCAGAGCCCGAGGGCAGAGACUCACGCCCAAGCUACCCCGCCGUCGAGCCAUGCUAGGCUGGAUCCGCAGCCCUCAAGCUCCAGCCUAGCACCCUUUGAUCUCCCCCUCCUCCUCCAACACCUCUGGCAUAUCCACAUCAUGUCGUCCAACUUUUACACGUCCACACACGCAAACUACUGGCUGCUCACGCGGUCCGAGCUCCAGAACGGACGCGAGACGGAUCUCAAGUAUGCGACACACCACCAGCUGUACUGCCUCAACAUAUUCUUCGCGUCGCUCAUCCAGAAGCUCGGCAAGCGCCUCCUGCUGCGCCAGAUCCCGAUCGCUACGGCCACAGUCUACUUUCGGCGCUUUUACACCAAGAACAGCGUGUGCGAGACAAACCCAUAUCUCGUACUCGCGGCCUGUGUGUUUGUUGCGGCCAAGGUUGAAGAGACACCAGUCCACAUCAAGAGCGUAGUGGCCGAGGCCAAGGUCGUCUUUGCAGAACACAACAUUAAGAUGUUUCCAGCAGAGCCACAUAAGCUAGGAGAAAUGGAGUUCUACCUCCUCGAGGACCUCGACUUCCACCUGGUUAUUUUCCACCCAUACCGUGCCCUUGUCAACAUUCUAGGAAGAGAACCGGCGGAUGCCGGCCGAUUUCCAAAAACCCGCGUGGAGGAAGACGCAGAGGUCCGGCGGAUCGAAGCGGACGAGCGCAAGAAGCGCGAGGAGGAAGCAAGGCGCGCGGGCGGCGCGACAGCCGUGGCCAAGGGCUUGGCCGCUACUCUCGAGGAUGGAGAGGGCGAGAGCGAAGCUGAGCGGAUUAGGCGCCUCAUGGGCCGUGGAUCAGGUCAAGGGUUGAUGGAGAUUGACGAAGGGACACUGCAGAUUGCAUGGUUUACAAUCAACGACACGUACCGUACCGACGUGCCGCUGCUGUAUCCGCCAUACGUGGUGGCCCUCGCGGCCGUGUAUAUCGCCUUCACAUUGACUACGAUGACUGGAUCAGCGGCAAGAACACGCUCGUCAAGCCAGGUGAACACGCUUGCCGCAUCGCUGGAGAACAACACGGCGCUCGGUCUCCCACCACCGCCGACGACAGCGGCCGAGUUUCUCGCCAGCUUUGAGGUCUCUCUCCCCGUGCUCUUCAGCUGCGUGCAGGACAUCAUCACACUCUACCCCAUCUGGGAGGCGUUCGAGCCAAGCCCGCAGCGCGCGAGCGUCAACGGCGCCGCGGCCACCCCUGGCGCGUCCGACACGGCCAAGUUCGGCCCCGAGGAGGCCGAGGCACUCGUGCGCAAGAUGAUCGAGGAACACAUGGUUGACGUUGGGCACCCUGAUGACGCGGGCAAGACGGCGCUCGCCGAGCAGACCAAGAAGCGGUCCAGGUCGUAG